UCUUUUGUAAGUACAUUUUUCCACAUUGAAGAGAUUUUUUUGUAAAUUACAGGUAAUCUAGUCUGAGAAGGAACUCCUUCUAAGCACAACUAGCGCUACCAAUGUGGAGAUAUUUUUUGGCAGUCUUGUCUAAGAAAAAAGAAGGGUUUCAAGCUCCGGCUUAAUAAAUCAGUGCCACUCUUUUUAAUGAUCUUUCAAAAAUAUGCACAACUAGAUCCACAUCGCCUGUUUUCUUUCUCCAGAUAUAAAUACUCCGUCUUUGUUUAGUUAUUUUUUAAGAUAGAAGAAAUAGGAGGAGUUUAGCAGAAGUAAUGAGGAAACAAGUGCCAGAGCAAACAGGGAGACAAAGAGAUGGAUGGAGGGAUUGGAGAUUGUUAUGGAGAGGAAUAGAAAGUCCUGAAUGCUGCUGCAGCAGGGUGUGCUGACGUGAGGAGUGUUCCCAAACACAGUUAGUAGCGACUGCAGACCAACUGCAUUACCAUACUCACACACACACACGCACACACACACGCACACACGCACACACACACACACACCUACACUCACACACACACACCAGUGGCACGCUCCGCCUCAGGGAGAAAGCUGCUUGCAGGCAUUGCUGAAAAGAAUGAGGACAGACUCUCCUGUUCUGGUCCUGAAGAGGUCACUGUGUUCUCCACCAUCAACUGAGAGUUUGUGAGUGUGUGGGAAAACAGUCCACCGGGGCAUCAGAUUAUAGCAAAAGUGUCUUUGCUGAUAGUGAAAAUGUUUUGGGGCAUGUUCUACAUGUGCAUGCUGUUUCUUUCUUUCUUUUUUUUUGCAUUAAAAUGUUGUGCACCCCAUGAGUGUUUCCUCACCUCCUUUACCCCCUUUUUCUCCAGCCUGUGCUCACUAUAGGUGCAUAUCAUUGGAUCAGUGGCUGCUGCCUGCCACACUGUCCAAUCGCAUCUAGGAAGAGGAAGGAGAGAGAAAGAAAGGGAGGCAGGGAGAGGGAGAUGGGGGAGGAGAAAAGCAGGAAAGAGAGGUAGAAAGGGAGAUUGAUCAUUUAAACGUCCUGGGCCCUGCAUUUUCACGCAGAAACCCUAAGAUUCCGACUGCAUCUGUCAACACUCCAUUUUUCUCACCCCACCCUCCUCCUUAAUUUCCACAUUUCACUGCGUGCAGAGCCCUCGAGGGUCGUUUUUUUCUUCCUGUUCUUUCUUGUUUGGGGUUAUUUUCGCUAACGAGACGUGCCACCACCACAGCCACCCAGCAGGAGCAGCAGUAGGAGCAGAAGAGGAGUAUCUCCCCCAUAUCCCAUCCCGGGCACGUCGGAUAAGCCGCAGCGCAGAGAGCACGAGGCGAAUAUUGCGGUGGACGAGAAGAGGGAAGAUGCUUCUCGGAGUCUCACAGCGGUCACUCUGCAUGGGCAGCAGUUUGGGAUUGUUCUGGGGGUGACCGGAAGGAGAAAGUGACAGAGGAACAGUGAUGCUGCUGUUUACAUAACCAGAGACUCACAAACAUGCACACAUGUGCACACACACAUAUGUGCACAGACAUGCACGCAGGCUCCAACUGUCAGUCCAGGACAAACACACUUACCUACUCGGACAUGUACUCACAGUCGCGUAUUAGAGGGAGUCACUGACUGAGUCACCACACACUUACAGGCACAUUUUCACUGACUCACACAGACACACAGACACACACUCACAAGGGGAAAGGUUACUUGCAAGAGACAGGAGUGUGUGUUGCGUGUGUUAUGGGCCAAUCAGAGCAGCAUCUGUGUGUGAGUGUCAUAUAUCUUUAAGGGGUCAGCGUAGCCAUAACCCCUCCAGGACCUUCCCUUCUUUCAUCUCUUUCCUCAUUUUCCUGCUAAGCACACCAUCAUGUCUGACCCAAGGACCUGCAGAAUUUUCCCCCUUGGAGUUUUAUCCCUCCUCCUGCCCAUCUGCCUCUCUUUUUCCCUCCACUCGACCCCUUCAUCAGCAGAGCAGACCGUGCCUGUCAUUUCCACGGCUCAGGGCCGUAUCCGUGGCAUCCUGACUCCUCUUCCCUCAGACCUUCUUGGGCCUGUCAUCCAGUAUCUGGGAGUACCGUAUGCCAGGCCUCCAACGGGCGACCGGCGCUUCCAGCCACCUGAACCUCCACUACCGUGGCCUGGAAUCCGAAAUGUUACACAGUUUGCUCCAGUGUGUCCCCAGUCUCUGGAUGAGAGGAGUAUGCUGGUAGAUAUGAUGCCAUCUUGGCUCACGGCAAACCUGGACAUAGCAGCGACUUACCUCACUCACCAGAGCGAGGAUUGUCUCUACCUCAACAUCUACGUGCCCACUGAGGAGGACAUCCAUGAGGAGGGGGGUCAGCGACCAGUGAUGGUUUACGUCCACGGAGGCUCAUAUACUGAAGGCACUGGAAACAUGAUGGAUGGCAGCGUGCUUGCAAGCUAUGGCAACGUCAUUGUCAUAACCCUCAACUAUCGCCUUGGAGUGUUAGGAUUUCUAAGCACUGGUGACCAGACGGCAAAAGGGAACUAUGGCUUGCUGGAUCAGAUCCAAGCUCUCCGAUGGGUGAAGGAGAACAUUGCAGCCUUUGGUGGAGAUCCAAGCAGAGUCACAGUGUUUGGAUCUGGUGCUGGAGCUUCUUGCGUGAGCCUCCUCACCUUGUCCCACUACUCUGAAGAUCUGUUCCACAGAGCCAUCAUCCAGAGUGGGAGCGCUUUAGCAAGCUGGGCUGUCAACUAUCAGCCGAGCAAGUACGCUCGGAUACUUGGUGAAAGGGUGGGCUGCGGCAUUGAUGACAGCACUCAACUGGUCGCCUGCCUCCAGGGCCGGAGUUACCGCGAACUUGUGGAGCAGAACAUAACUCCGGCCAAGUAUCACACAGCUUUUGCCCCCGUGAUUGAUGGUGAUGUUAUUCCUGACGACCCCCAGAUUCUGAUGGAGCAAGGGGAGUUUUUGAACUACGAUGUGAUGCUGGGAGUUAAUCAAGGCGAGGGUGUAAAGUUCGUGGAAGGCAUUGUGGACUCGGAAGACGGAGUCACAGCUGAGGACUUUGACUUUGCUGUGUCGGAUUUUGUGGACAGUUUGUACGGAUACCCGGAAGGCCGAGAUACACUAAGAGAGAGCAUAAGAUUCAUGUACACUGACUGGGCUGAUCGUGACAAUGCCGAAACCCGCAGGAAAACACUGGUGGCGCUUUUUACAGACCACCAGUGGGUGGCGCCAGCCAUUGCCACGGCUGACCUUCAUGCUCAAUAUGGCUCUCCCACCUACUUUUACUCCUUUUACCAUCACUGCCAGAGUGACGCAACACCACCCUGGGCUGAUUCUGCCCAUGGCGAUGAGGUCCCGUAUGUCUUUGGUGUGCCCAUGGUAGGUCCCACUGAUCUGUUCAACUGUAAUUUCUCCAAAAACGACGUGAUGUUGAGCGCAGUGGUCAUGACUUACUGGACUAACUUUGCCAAGACUGGUGAUCCCAAUCAGCCAGUUCCUCAAGAUACCAAGUUCAUCCACACCAAGCCUAACCGUUUUGAAGAAGUGGCCUGGUCUAAAUAUACUCCUAAAGAGCAGCUGUACCUCCACAUUGGUCUCAAACCUCGUGUCAGAGAUCACUAUCGUGCCACCAAGAUCUCCUUCUGGCUCCAGCUUGUCCCUCACCUGCACCACGUGAACGAGCUUCUCCAGUCGGUGUCGUCCUUCACCCACAGUCCUUCCCCACAGGAUGACACUCCGUUUUCUUACACAAAGCGUUUGUCCAAAGGCUGGCCGCCGAGCAGCACGCGACACCCAGGUUCUCAAGCGGGAACUCCGCAGCCACCAGAGUCUGCUUUGGGCCAGAAUGGAGUGGAAAAUGGGGCUCGUGUGCCAAACGAGGACUACUCUACAGAGCUGUCCGUGACAAUAGCAGUGGGAGCAUCACUGUUGUUCCUCAAUAUACUCGCAUUUGCAGCUCUGCUUUAUAAGAAAGACAAAAGGCGUCUGGAGCAUCGUAGGCCGCGUCCACUUCCUCCACCCAGACGAGACAUCACCCCGGCUGAUGUUGCAGCCCACCUGCAGGGGGAGAGACUGAUGUCAUUACAGGUGAAGCAGCUGGAGUGCGAUGCUGCAUCAGCGGAUGAGAGGAACAAUGCUCACCACCAUCACACUCUGGAUACGCUCGAUGCCCUAGAUGGUUUGGAUACGCAAGACAUUUACAGCACUCUGGAUACCGUGCGGCUCACCUGCCCGCCAGAUUACACCCUCACCCUGCGCCGCUCUCCAGACGAUGUCCCCCUCAUGACCUCCCUGACCCCGGGCUCUCUGCCUGUGACCCCAGGGUCCCACCCUGUUACCCCUGCGACCCCUAUGACCCCAAUGACACCAGGAUCUGUGGCAGGGAUGAGGAUGGGGCAUCCUCACCAGGGUUACACACACCAUAGCCCAUACAGCAAUACACACUUGCCACACACGCACAUCUCCACACACACACACUCCACCACACGUGUAUAACCACUGCCGGGCACAUGCAGGGACGUAGCUCGCACUAACGCACACACACACAUACAUAGACUCAUCACAGGCAUACACACACACAUAGACAAACUGAAAUACCUCUACUAAUUACUCUGCAGGAUUGUUAACAGACGGGGCAGCAGACAUUUUUAAGUAACAGGAUGAAAUGACGGACAUCUGUGUGUUGCAUGUCCUGGGACUUUUAGGCCAAUUGGAUCUAAGGAGAUCCAGCUCUUUGGGGCAUUCGCUCACGAGUUUGGACAUCUGAAAGCCCACUUUGGAUUUAAAAUCUGCUUUUUCUACAUCUGAGGAAGAGGAGGAGUGCUCUGGCAAAAGGGAACCCGUGACACUUUUCCUGCACACAAGCUGCCACCGUGCAGGCGUGCAGGAGGAACAGAAAAAAGGCAGAUGGAGAACUGGAAAAAGACAAACCACACACAGACUGCUGAUGUCAACUUGAUCAACCUGUGAAAUGUGAAUGUAGCAUUUUUUUUCAUUAAAAAGAUCAAAGGCCCUAUCUGCCAAGGAUCAAACUAAGCUAAGGGGAUAAUAAUACAUUUCAGCAGGCGUUCUAUGUAAAAACAGACAGAGAGGAAAAGGUUGGGGAUAAAAAGACAACAUCAGCUGAAAGAUAAGUUAUUCGGGGAGAGAUUAAGACUUCAUUGAGUGGGAUUUAGGCGCCGUGAGAGUGAGGUAAAAACGGAAGUGAGAUUGAGCGAUAUGAAAAACGCUAACUCGGAGAGCGUGCCAAGAGAGAAGGCAGGCUCAGAGGAGGGAGGGGGCUUGCAGAUGUACUGAAGAAUCACUCUAACCAGCUAUGUGUUAAACUCUUGUAAAUACAAUGGAAAGAUACAGAUGAUAUGUUAUGAUUUAUAGCAUACCUGCUCUCGAGUUAAAAACAUGACUUAUUUAACCACAUUAUUGCUUUCAUUUCAGAUAUUAAUAUAUUAUUGUAUAAAUGUCCUGAUGCAAGGCUGGUUAUCUAUCUAUCUCACCCACUGUAGUAUAUACACAGUACCUUUAUUUAAAGCUAUACUUGCUAUGCACAGUCAUUCCAGUCAUUUCAAAAAAUGUGAGCAUUAAGGUACUUGUGUCGUCGCUAUGGUAUAGGACUUUUUCAUACUACAUGCUGUCCAUUUUUUGACCAUUUGGAUGAUGAGCUUGUACUGUGUAGAUAAUGCAAUAUUGGUUUGAUGAUUGAGCACCAGCCAAAAACAACAAACCCUUUCAACCUAACCCCUUGAUCCUUCAUUUUUAUCCCUGGAUGGAAACUUGCCCUAAUUAAGACAAAUGGGGGAAGGAAAAGAUUCAGGGGAUCCUGAAUUUUCUGUCAACGUCUUUUCUCUGUUUGUCUUAACUGGAUGAUGAACAAGGAGAGCUUCAAGGAAAGUCCACAUUUGAACUGCUUUGAAUGCAGAUUGGCAUCUGCUUCUUUAAAAGAUAAAAGGCUGACAUAAAUUUGGUAAAGAUUGAUUGAAUGUUAGACAAAGUUUGAAGGUAAUAUUUCCUCACAGUGAUUGCCAUUCUGUGUAAAAUGUGUCUCUGUGUCUCCUAUUAUUUGAAGUCUGGAGUUUGAUUUGCUUUGGAGCCAUAUUUGAUACACAAAGUGAUCUGUGAAUGAAGAACAGAAGCACUGGUCAGCUUUGUUUGAUGAAGUUAAAGACUCCACACUGAAGGUUAAGAUGGCUUCAAACAUGCUGCUUUUUAAGCCUUAAUAUCCUUGUAAACUAGCAAUAUUGUUUUUUUCUGUUUUUAUUUUCUAACAUAACAGACUUUAAAAACAUGAAGGUCCCAAACAUCAUGAAUUUUUCUAACUUAUAUAGUAACUGGUAGAAGUUUUGGCGUUGACUUCACUGUGAGUGCUCCAGGGCUAAUGUUAUAUAUAUAUGCUUUGUGAUACUGAAUAUUGACUAUUUAUGAAUUCAGUUUAUGGAAUUAGCUCUAAUUAAGUAAAAUACUGAAGAUUUAAAAAGAUUUGAAAAAGCAUUUCUUUGCUACAACAAACUAAACAACUAAAGAUCCAGGAAGUUAAUCAACGCUCCCAACAUGGAUAUUCCAGAAUUCCCAUUUUAUCCCUUUUCCUUGUUCUAUUACUUACCUUAAUCCCUCCUCCCCCUCAGCCACCUUCUAAUCCUCUCCACCUCCUGGCUUCUCUGUGUGACAACAUGCAGAUGUGUGACAGUUAAGUCUGUUAGCCUCCUUUAUCCUCAAUAAUUUCUAUAUGAAGAAUUUUUUAGUUAACAUAUUAUAUGAAAAGUCAACAGUAUCCGGCUGAGAAACAAAGGAUGUUUGCAAAACGAUAAAAAAAAAACACUCAAACAAUGUUUGACUGAGUUCUUCUUUUCUGAGACUCAGCAGAUGGAUGGAUUGUGAAAAGCAUAAAAUAUUUCUGCUGCAUUUUUGAAAAAUAAAAAUAUCAGUAUUUUACAGUUUUUAAGCAUUCUAAAUGUUUUUCAUGUCUUCAUUUUCAGAAAUAUUUGCAAUAAAGACGUUAGAGAGCUAUUGCAGUA